AUGUCGCUGUUACCGGAUGAGAUUCUAGCUGACAUUCUUUGUCGGUUGCCUGUCAAGUGUCUGCUCCGUUUAAGGUGUGUAUCUAAAUCAUGGCUUUCCUUAAUCAGUAGCUCCCAUUUUGUUAAAUUGCAUCUGAGCCAAUCAGUUCAAACCAAAAACAACCUCCGUAUUUUUAUGUGGAAAGACAAUAUUUAUCGGGUGGAUUUUGAUCCCCUUAAAGAAGGAUUUCUUCCACCAGUGGCGGUCGAUUACCUUCCAUUGAGUUGUCCUGUGAUGUCUUUGAUUAUGGAAAUGCGCUUUGCGGAUUAUGAUUAUGAUGGUGGAAUUUUGCUCAGCGGGUCCUGUGAUGGCUUACUCUGCCUGUCAAAUGCCAUUUCCAUUAACACUGUCUUAUUAUGGAAUCCAUCAACGAGAAAAUCUAUAAAAUUGCCUUACCCAUUUGUUGAUUUCCGAGAUAAGUAUGACAUUUUCUACAACUGUAUUUAUCGAUUCGGCUACGAUAACACCAACGAUGAUUACAAGGUUGUGAGAAUUGUGUUUAUUUCAAACAUUUUUAGAGUAGGCAUUUGUACCGAUUAUGAGUUGAAUGUUUAUAGUUUGAAAUCAAAUUUGUGGCAUACGUCAGAGACGUUUCCUCACCGUCCGAAGUUGGAGAGCUUCGGAGAUUCAAUAGUUAGUGGAGCUCUGCACUGGAUCUCGUCUGUGGAAUCGGAUACAGAAAAGAAAAUCUUGAUUGUUGCCUUUGAUCUUGGGACAGAGAAAUACCGAGUAAUUCCACCGCCAGAGUUUGUUGGACCUCAUUUCCGUUUAAAUUUGGAUAAUUUAGGUGGAUGCCUUUCGCUAAGUUGUCAUUACGAGUCAUCGUUUGUGGAUGUAUUUUUGCUGAAGGAAUAUGGACGGGAAAAUGAAUAUUGGUCGAAAUUGAUUACAAUAUCACCAACAAAUCAUUUUAUAUCUUUUCAUACAGUGAAACCUAUUAUUUAUUCAAAAUGUGGUAAGAAAGUACUCUUGAACAUUGAUUUUCUAAGCUUUAUUUGGUAUAAUUUAGAACAACAGUCAUUCAAGGAAAUUAGGGAUCAUGGUAUGGAAGAUUUAUCAGAAGUAAACAUUUGCCUUGAAAGUUUACUCUCUGUUGAUGUUCCUCCAGCUGUGUGUAUCUAA